AUGCACGCUCCACCUUUAAGCUUUGCAGCAAUUGCAACCAUGUCUUCAGUCGUGGUCCUCUACGUUGGCUUGAAGUCACCUUUGAAAUACAAAUACCUCAAGGAAAGUAGAAUCAGUCCCAAGGCGGAUUUGGCGUGGAGAGAUAGCGCUGAGAAGUGGUUGGAAGACAACAAGAGUGUGGUGUAAAGAAAUGGCGGAGGACGGUGUUUUUACUUUUUUUUUUUGCAUUGAUUCAGUUCUUGGGUGGAGGUAGAGUCUUUAGUUAUUUAUCAACUUUAAUGAAAAAUGUUACAAUAUUUAUCAAGAUACGAUUCAUCUUGAACGCUUUGUAG